AUGGAUGCGAUGAGGAAACAGCUGGAUGUGCUCAUGGGUGCCAACCGGAACGGCGACGUCAGAGAGGUGAAUCGGAAGUACUACGAUCGUGAUGUUUGCCGGAUGUACUUGGUCGGCCUAUGUCCCCACGAGCUCUUCCAGCUGACGAAAAUGGAUAUGGGUCCUUGCCCAAAAGUUCACUCGUUGCAGCUGCGGAAAGAAUAUGAAGAAGCGAGGGCAAAAGGUGUUGAUAGUUAUGACAGAGAGUUGGAGGAUGUAAUAGAUAGACUUAUCGUUGAGUGUGACAAGAAGAUUGGUAGAGCUCUCAAACGUCUUGACGAUGAUGAUGCAAAGGCUGCCAUUGCAAUAUCAGUUACUGAGGUUACUCAGACUGAAGAGUUGAAUGAGUUGUCUAAGCAGAUUAAGGAAAAACUGAAAGAUGUUGAUAAAUAUGAUCUUGAAGGUAAGACAGAUUUCAAAAUCCAAACUCUAGAAGAAGUUGAAAAACUCAGAACUGAAAGAGCCGAGAAGCAGUCUGCACUUCUUCUGGAAGCUUUUAAUAAAGAUAGGGCAUCAUUACCCCAGCCCCUGCCUAAUCUUCCACCACCUCCUCCAUUGCCUGCUCCAGCUCCAGAUGCACGUACUCAAGAAAUGAUAAACGAGAAGCUUAAGAAAGCCGAGGAUCUUGGUGAGCAAGGAAUGGUAGAUGAGGCCCAGAAAGCAUUGGAAGAGGCUGAAGCACUGAAGAAGCUGCCUGCCAGGCAGGAGCCUGCAGUAGACAGCACCAAGUAUACUGCUGCAGAUGUGCGCAUUACUGAUCAGAAGCUGCGUGUUUGUGACAUCUGCGGAGCAUUUUUGAGCGUUUAUGAUAGUGACCGACGCUUAGCUGAUCAUUUUGGAGGCAAGCUACAUCUUGGCUAUAUGCAAAUCCGUGAAAAAAUUGCUGAGCUUCAGGAAGAACGAACCAAAGUCCGGAAAGUUGAGCAUCCGGAGGAACAAAGAUCGAAAGAUCGAAGUAAGGAGCCUGAUAGAGAACCGAGUAGGGAUCGGGACAACAGGGCGAAUAGCCGCGAUAGGGGUGGCAGGGACUAUGACCGUAGUAGGAGCAGCAGGGAUCGUGACAGGUACCACGAUCGAGAUCAUCAUGGCUACGACCGUGAUCGGGAACGUGACAGGGAUUCGGAUCACUCGCGCGGUUAUGACAGAAGUCGCAGAAGGUCCCGCUCUCGUUCCAAGGAACGAAGCUCUAGGGAUUAUGACCGCCACAGGCGCCAUGAUCGGUACUAG